CACAGCCUUUGUGAGCAGCCAUUUUAUCAAACGCGGUAAGCCGACAGCAACUAGAAGGAGACGGCUUUCCCGGUUUUUGUAAAUUAUAGAAACAGACUUUAAUUUACACCACAGACGCAAUGGAGACAGAUGCCGCCGUUGACUUCAUGGGAGACGAGAUCCCUGAGGGUUCUAAAAUAAAUGCAAGCAAAAACCUGGAGGAUGAUGGGAAAAUGUUUAUUGGUGGGCUCAGCUGGGACACCAGCAAGAAAGAUCUCAAAGAUUACCUCUCAAAGUUCGGGGAAGUACUGGACUGCACCAUCAAAACAGACGCCGUGACGGGCAGAUCUAGGGGCUUCGGCUUCGUGCUCUUUAAAGAUGCAGAGAGCGUUGAUCGGGUGCUGGAGUUGAAGGAGCAUAAGUUGGAUGGGAAGCUGAUCGAUCCGAAGAGGGCGAAGGCCAUGAAGGGGAAGGAGCCUCCUAAGAAGGUCUUUGUUGGAGGCCUGAGCCCCGAGACCACAGAGGAACAGAUCAGGGAAUACUUUGGCACCUACGGAGAGCUUGAGAAUAUCGAGCUUCCGGUGGACACCAAGACGAAUGAGAGGAGAGGAUUCUGCUUCGUGACGUUCGUAGAGGAGGAGCCAGUCACCAAACUGCUGGAAAACAGAUACCACGACGUCGGCCCGGGAAAGCAGUGUGAGAUCAAGGUGGCGCAGCCUAAGGAUGUGUACAGGAAGCAGCAGAGUCGCGCAGUGGGCGUAGCCGGAGCAGGGGGUGGUUUCCAGGGGCGUGGUCGAGGAGGAGGCGGAGGAUUCCGAGGCCGCGGGAGGGGAGGUCAGAGCUAUGGUAACCAGGGUUAUGGUGGCUACUACGACCAGAGCUACGGUAGCUAUGGCGACGGCUACAGCCAGGGCUACAAUGGCUACACAGGCUACGACUACUCCGGCUACAACUACGGCCAGGGCUACGGCUACGGUGGCCAGAGCUACGACAGCACCUACUAUAGUGAGCCGCGAGCAUCGGGAGGCAGGGAUCAAGAGGCCAUGAAUGGUCAGCAGAGUAGCUAUGGCAAAGCGUCCCGGGAAAGCGGGAACCACCAGAACAACUACCAGCCCUACUGACCCCGCCCCCUGCCACAGGGCCCCGCCCACUCCGAAUAGCUCACUUCCUGGUGGACGCGUGUGUGUGUGGUGGCGCUCAAGGCAUCGACAGACUUCCAUUGGAGAUAGCAGAUUGUGGACUCCCAUUUCCUAAACCAAUCAAAACUCUCCGCAUAGUUUUCAUGACAUGACAUGGCCCUCGCUUGGCUCCGCCCACUUUUCAGUUGUCCAAUGGGAUGUGAAACUGCUUUGUACAUAGUGAGGAUUUUUAGCGUUUGUGUUUUAUUUUAUUUUUUUCCCUUUUUGUUUUUGUUUUUCCUUCGUUAUGUCCCCUCGCCCCGUUGGAGGUGUUCAGGGCCUUCUGCUGUCCCUCUGUUCUUAAGUCUCGACUCAGAAAGUGACCUUUCUUUCUUUCUGGUUUUAAUUUUCUCUGAAAGUUUUGGAUAAAGGGAUCAUUAAAUGGAGGGUGUACCAUA